AUGCUGCAUAUCGAGCAGGACGACCCACCGGUGCAGCCUGACACGCUCCAGGUGACGAGUUCGGCAGAAGCUUCCCUCCCCGGCUGCUCUAUCAGUGAUGCUGAUUUGGCUCGGCUGGUAGCUGAUCAGGAAGAGAACCGUCGAGAUGAGGAAGCACUUCGAGAACAACAAGAACGGUUCGAGGCCGAGGAGUCGAGGUACUAUGAGGGUGUGGAGGCUGUGGUGGCGGCAGAAGUUGAGCUCCAAACGUCCAGGGCAUGUCAAAACUGGGAUGACUGGGCGGUCUGGGACGAGAUGAAUCGGCCUCGGAGUCGCAAGAGGGCAUUUCUCGAGGUGACGGUCAGUGCGCCUGGGGACGAGGGUGGUGGACAACGAUGGUCUGUGCCCUUUGACCCGAACUCCGGGCAGCAGGUGGUCUUGAAGUUCCACAAGUUGGAAGUGGAGCCAGAGGAGGCUGGGGGCCACGAGAUUCGAGCAGGGGACCAUGGUGAUAGUGCUGGGAGCGAUGCCUCUACGAUCCCUGCUGCUAGUGGAGCUCUGCCCCGUGAGCCCUGUCAGCUACCUGCCUGUGGAGUUCCUCUGGAAUUUCAGCAGUUUCAAAUGGUCUGCGAGCAGUGGAAUGCAGGCCAGCUCUCCAACGAUGCAGUGAAGCAGCGGUUCGGAGUGGACACCUUGGAGUUAUUGGAGACCCAGAAGAUUGUGUUGGGAGCUGACCACUGUCGGGGGCACUCAGCAUGGAAUGGGUCGUCUAUGGAAGCUUCGCAUCCACUUCGGGGUGAAGGAAAUGGGAUGAUGUCUGGUGGUCCGUUGCUGGCGCAGCACGUGGAGGGUAAGCCGAGUGGGACGAAGGAAAAUGGGUCGUCUGUGGAAACUUCGAGUCCGUGUCGAGGUGCAGGAAAUGUGUUGAUGUCUGGUGGUCCGUCGCUGGCGCAAGAUGAUGAGGGCAAGUCAAGUGGGACGCAGGAAGAGGGCGCAUGCACGGACACACUCCUUGACGAAAUGUUGGCCACGUGUAAGAGCACCACUGAGGCGAGCUCCUACUUCGUGGAGACCGGCCUCUUUCACGGUGAGGGCGCGCUGAAGGCCUUGUCCAGCGGCCUCUUCCGGCAGGUGAUCUCGAUCGAGGUCAAUGCCGAGCUCGUCGAGAGGGCUCGGGAGAAGCUGAAGCUGCCGCUGGCUGCGGGGCUGCUGAAGGUUGUGCAUGACGACUCUUGCAACUUGUGGCAUCACAUCCAAGACCUUCACGAGCCUUGCACUUUCUUCCUGGAUGCUCACGGCUACUGGGUGCAGGAGUGCCCUGCAUCCUCUGGCGAUCCUGAAUCUGAUGACCGGGAUCCGGAUUCGCAGAGUCCGUGCCCACUGCUCGCUGAGCUGGAGGCGAUUGCCCAGCACCCACUGGCGCGGCAACACAAGGUGUUAAUCGACGAUCGCCGCUGCCUGCAGCCGGGAUGGGAACACCCAACACAAAGCUGGUGGCGUGGUCUCACCGAGGAGAUGGUUCUGGAGAAGCUUCGCAAGGUGAACCCGGACUUCCAGAUCCAGUUCAUUGAUGGCUUAAAGCCACAGGACAUCAUUGCAGCGGUGCCUCCUGAGUGA